AUGGCUGGAACUGGGGAGACUGUCGUUUUUCGUCGCAAUACUAGGCGAGAUGGAUCAUCAAGUUCAGAUAUCAACUUAGCCUUACAAGAUGAUAAGCAGAGAGGUGAUGAUUCCAAACAAACCCGUUUCACCCUUAUGGAAGAAGUUUUACUUCUUGGACUUAAAGACCGUGAGGGAUACACGUCAUUUUGGAGUGAUAAUAUUAGUCUUGGUCUCCGUGGCUGUUUUCUGAUAGAGCUAGCUUUUCGAGGUCGUAUUGCUCUGGAGCCUCCGUCUGCCCGUCGAUUAAUUUUAAAUAGGAACGUCAUCGUUGUAAAAAAUGUUCCCACGGGUGAUAUGCUUUUGGAUGAAGCACUUCGGACAAUCAGCAGCAAUAAUCCCGCUGAUGCAAAAUCUUGGAUUGAUUAUCUAAGUGGUACGUUGUUCUUUCUUAUUACGCAAUUGCUAGGUGACACUUGGAAUCCUUUUAAAAUCGCCUUGCAAAUGCGAAAUGUGCGAGAACGAAUAGCGAAAAAUCUUGUUGAAAAAGGGAUUUGCUCUACCGAAAAGCAGAAUUUUAUCCUCUUCGACAUGACAACUCAUCCCCUCAUCAAUACGCCUGCUAAGCAACUCAUAAUACAACGAAUAAACGAUGCCCUUUUAUGCAAUUGGACGACCGAUAUUCAGCGAAUGGACAGACGACUUCUCUCAUUAAUCGUUGUGUCUCAGAGGGCGGACGUUCUAGAAAAUGCAUUCUUAACACUUUCAAACCAGGAUUAUAACACGGCUACGAAGCACGUGAGAACUCUCAUGGAUCUUAAUUACAACGAUUAUGGUUCCACAGGCACUCCGGCGGAUGUUAUGUGGGCUGUGUUUGCUGCUUUGAGCUCUUGA